AUGUUCAAGAAUCAAAGUAAAGAUCACCUUGUGAAACUUUUAACAAUAAUUGAAAUCAUCAUUAGUGUUAAGAAAAGAGUGAAUCGUCCUUCUUCAAAAGAUUUUCAUAUAAAUUCAUUCAUAGUUGCGAGCAACAAGAGAAAGUUUCUUGUGCCAUUGGAAGUCAAAAUUGUGUUGAAAUCUAUGAGAAUUUUCCACAACUAUAAAUCUUCAGAAAUCAAAAAAACAUUUCCCGAAAGCAAUAAAUCAAAAUCAUAG